UAUAGAGCUCAGCAAAAUCCAAAUAUUGACAACUGAAUAUUUUUUCUGCUUUUUUUUUUCCUAAAAAUUUUCAGUGGUGUCACUUUUUCAGAACACUGAUUGUAGGUUGUUCAAAAGCAGACAUCAGAAUUUAGUUUUUUUUAGCAACUAGUGGAGUCAGAGAAUGGAAAACAGCACUGUCUCUUUUUACUUUAACUUCACCAUGUUCAUGAGAAUCGGACACUACCGUUAUCUCGCCUUUGUCUUUUGCCUCCUGUUGUACAGCUUCAUUGUUUGUGCUAAUGUUCUCAUAAUAUGGAUAAUACUGCGGAAGAACACGCUACACAAGCCCAUGUAUGUGUUUAUUGCAUUUCUGUCUGUCAACUCUGUGUAUGGUUCUACUGGUUUCUUCCCCAGAUUCCUCAUGGACCUCCUGUCUGAUACUCAUUUAAUCUCACGUCCUGCUUGUUUCACUCAGAUUUACAUUAUUUUCACAUAUACUUUCUAUGAACUGACCAUCCUGAGCAUCAUGGCUUAUGACAGAUAUGUUGCUGUGUGUUAUCCUUUACACUAUCACAGAAAGAUGUCUUCCAAAACUGUCUACGGUUUGGCAUUUUUUGCUUGGUUCUUACCAGCCUGUAACCUUUCAAUAACCAUUAAUAUGGUUGUCAGGCUUCCUUUAUGUGGCAACAAAAUAGAGAAGUUAUACUGUGCCAGCUGGAAUAUUGUGAAAUUGUCAUGCGUUACUGCUGCUGUUAGCAGUAUUGGUGCUACGGUGGGAGCCACAGCUAUAGCCUUCAUUCCUUUUGGUUUCAUCUUGUACACUUAUCUUCGAAUUGUGCUUGCUUGUUGGAAAAACUCAUCAGAAGUCAGAGGAAAAGUGUUACAGAGUUGUCUUCCACAUGUUAUUUCCUUUGUCGUUUAUUCCAUCACUUCAUUUAGUGAUAGCGCUCUGAGCCGGCAAAACCUCCAAGAGGUUAAUCCAUUUGUUGCUGUAAUUCUGUCAAUAGAAUUCAUCAUAAUUCCUCCAGUUGUGAAUCCUCUUGUGUAUGGACUUAAACUGCCAGAGAUUAGAAGACACAUUUUCAGGAUUUUAUGCUCAAAACCCACAUCUAAAAGGAAUUCCUGCAGACCUUUAAGAGACUCAACAAAUGUGCUGCCAACAUUUUGUGCUGUGAAUGAAACGUCUACAGAGCAAAAUGAGGCAUAAAACCUAAAAAUGAUGUCUAAGGCAGAGUAUCUGCUGAAAUCAUUAUUUUGGCUAGAAUAACAUGAUGAUAGACUUGUUGACAUGCUGUAUAUAGUGACUGUGCAACAGUUACUAAUGACUUACUAAGUGAGCAUGAUUUGUUGUAACUGAUGUGAGAUAUAAUUCAUGUUUACCCUUAAAUCACGUCCCAUACAAAUAUAGUAUUACACUAAUAACAGUACAUCAAGGAAAGUGAUUCUUUCUGAUUCUUAAACAUCUUUGCAGGUCAUGUUUUUUUUCAGGGUGACAAAAACAUAGCAAAAGGGAGGUUUGAUCAUGUAAAACAGCAGCUUGAUUGAGAGUAAAAAACUCAGCCAUACGUUCCACUUAUCUGCUUGUUCAUUUCAUUCUCUUGUUUUCUGUGUUUUGAGGUUCUGACCUAAGCUUUUGUAAUGCACAGAUACACAAGAUGACAAGUAACCUCUCGCUCUUAAGUCCACUUAUGCCUUGAAUAUACUUUUAGAUAUUUAAAAGGACAAUUUCUGUUAGUCAGAAUGUUAUUGUAUGUCUUCUAUUAUCAUUUGCAUAGCCGAAAUGCUGUUAUGGAUAACUAUAGGGGAUGGACGGAGAAACUAGGAGACCAGAAGUUAAUGUUUUGAGCUGCAGAAUAGAAAACAGUAAAACUCAAAUCUCCUUGUGCAGGUGUAUGUACAAUCAAAUCAAAUCAAAUGAAACUUUACUUAUAUAGCACUUUUCAUACAGUUAAAAAUGCAACGCAAAGUGCUUUACAACAUGAAAAACAUUAAAAACAAGAAAACCCAUCCCUCCCUCCCUCCAUAUAUACAUAUAUGCACACAACUGCAGGAGCACGCACACGUACACACGUCCACACGUCCACAGACACACACUCCCACCACUGACAGUAGGGAGACAUGGCAUGGCACUGACGAUUGUGGAAAACGCCUCCAAUUGGGGUCGUCCACACUGGGAGGAGUCGCAGGCCAUGACCACUGGGGGCGCUGGCACCCAGACCCACAGACCCCGACAGACAGGGGGACCCCCACACCGAGUUGGGGAGCCCCCCCAACCAGCCGGGCCGAGGGGACUCAUGAACAGCACCCCCAGUGGGAGACCAGAUACAGCCCCCAGUGUGGAGGACCCCCCUGAGGAAAACACUGGAGUUAAAUA